UUGGAACGAUACAGAGAAGAUUAGCAUGGCCCCUGCGCAAGGAUGACACGCAAAAUCGUGAAGCGUUCCACAUUUUUUGUUAUUUGAAACAGCAAAAUAUUAAUUCAAAUUCUACAAGAAUAUAUAGCGUAAAUUUUAUUUGAAAGGAUUUUUAUUUUUUAAUCUAUUAGACGAAUUUCAUAGUUUCUAAAAUAGUUUCCGAUUUUAUUGUUUCGAAAUAAAAAUUUCUACGGACUAAAUAAAUUUUUCAUAUUAUUAUUCUUGACUUUUCGACAGAAAUUUUUAUGAUUUAUAUAUUAUAGUACAGAUGAGGUAUCGUUGACCAGUAGAUAGAUAAAAUGAUAAAACCAUCUAUCUAUAAAAGCAUAAGAAAUUGUAUUUCCGGCUGUGCACUACGAUCUGAAUUGUUGACAAUGGAGUGCGUAAUUAAUUUAAUUUCGGUUUAAUAACAACAAAGGGGACAGACCACUUUGUUGGAAAUUAUAUUUUGAAAAAUUGUCAAGACGUACAAUUAUUUGAUUAAAUACCGGCUGUGGUCCAUAGAUAGGUUAUUAUAUACAACAAAUGUAUGAAUGAUUUGUAAUUUGUUAGAAAAAUGUGGAAACAGUGGUUGUCAAAUUUCAUAUUAGCCGGUACUAUUAGAUUUUUAUUAAUGAAUUCUGGAUACCAAAAAGUUAUUAGCGAUCGUGUGGAAGUUUCUACUGCAUUGAAUUCUUGGAAAAGAGUGACUGAAGGUGUUCAUUUAUAUAACUUUGGCAUUGACCCGUACAUGGGUGACUUAUUUCAUGAAACUCCUAUCGGUUUAUAUAUUUUUGAUCUCAUACAACGGCAUUUACCUUGUUGGACGUUAUUCUUCUUAUUUAUCUUCACUGAUUUAUUGACUGCUUUACUUCUUGCAUUUACAGCAAAACAAUAUGCAACUGAACUGGCUUCUAGAAAAGAAGAAAAAUUGCAUGAUGAAGAUGUAGAAAAUCAAAAUCAUGGUUCUGCAAUAUCUACUUCUAUGAUGUAUGUCUCAGCGGCAUAUUUAUUUAAUCCAUAUAUAAUACUAAACUGUGUUGGGCAUACAACAACAGUAUUUACAAAUUUAUUGCACUCCAUAGCAUUGAUUUCAAUGACAAAAUAUUCUAUAUUUUGGAGCUGCUUAUCAAUAUCAUUAUUGACAUUGCAAGGACUUUAUCCUAUUUCACUUAUGGUACCAACAGUUGUAUACAUUACUCGUUCUAAGAGUACAGAACAAAAAAGAAAUCUUAUCAUUUUUAUUAUUAUGAUAUUUGCUAGCAUGUUAACGACUCUAUUUUGCAUUUCGUACUGUAUCAUGGGAAGUUGGUCAUUCGUAUGGAGUACAGCAGGCUUUAUUUUAACAGUUCCUGAUUUGCAUCCAAACAUAGGGUUAUAUUGGUACUUUUUUACAGAAAUGUUUGAGCAUUUUAGAUGGCUCUUUAUUUCUUCUUUUCAAAUAAAUGUCAGUUUGCUGUAUAUAGUACCAUUAGCAUUGAGAUUACGACAUGAUCCAAUGCUAUUAGCAUUCUCUUAUUUAGCAAUUGCUGCCAUAUUUAAGUCUUAUCCAUGUAUAGGAGAUGUUGGAUUUUACAUGUCUCUUCUGCCACUUUGGAAACAUUUGUUUCAAUAUACUCAGCAAGGGUUCAUCAUAGGCUGUUUCAUGUUAUUUUGCACAGUUUUUGCACCCACUGUUUGGUACCAGUGGAUUUAUUCCAGAUCAGCAAAUGCAAACUUCUACUUUGGAGUAACAUUGGCAUUUGCUAUAGCACAAAUUUUUCUGGUAACAGAUAUUCUUUUUGCAAGUGUAAAACAUGAAUUUGCAAUACGUCAUGGUAUUAAUAAAGAUGUUAGUGGAAGUAAGGCGAAACUAUUUUUAGAAUAAAGUUGUAUCUUACAAAGUUCAGUAUUAAAACUGUUUAUUAAAAUUCUAAAAUUAGAUGACUGUUCUUCAAUGACAAUUUUAAACUAUUUUAAAUAUAAUCCUUA